AUGAUGGAGGGAUCUGGGCCUGGUGCCAACAUCGCCUCAGGGCGGACCCAACAGCACCGAGGAGGGGAAGGGAACUUGUGGGGAUAUUUUGACGCGCGAUAGACGCGAAAUGAUUGCUGAGUAUAAUACGAGCGGACGAGAUAUGUUUGGGAAGAAUUACUGUCUGGGCGGACAAGUUGAUUGGCGCUGGCAAAGCCAGCGCCCGAGGGAAAGUUUUUUUGGGAUCAACAGUUAAGUCUCAUUCUGUCGACGUCUUAUCGCCUCAGUGCGGAACUACAAACUCUUAUGCCUCGGUUCAGCUAGACAAAUCUGGCAACAAUCGCCUCAAGGCUGAAAUACCAAAUUAUCCAAUGGUGCUCAAGCGCGACCCAAAACUUGGGCAGACUCUCAAAUGGAAUUUCUGGGACCAGUUGGUCCUAGACAACCCUAAAGGUACAAGGCCAGAUGCUAGCGUAGGCCGACCUGGUAGCUCAAGCGACAAAGCGCCUGCAGCCCGAGUGCUGCACUAGGAAUCCUUCCCCUGCAAGCCUAUUGUGCUUGUUAUGUAUCUUUUUUAUUUUUGUAUUACCCUACUGAAGAUCCAAAAAAAAAUAACCUUUCUGUGAACAAAUUGUGCUUUUUUUGAGAACAGAUGGUAAGUUUCCACACUUUAAAAGGUGUUGAGGCCGUUAUGAUGGCGAUAUACGCAUCAAAUAGGGUGUGCCGACUAUUAGCAUUUUCAUAAAGUGCAUGGACUUUUGCACUGUGCAUGUCGCUUUCUUCGCGCGACACGAUCCUUUUCAAAACAUUUUUGCACGGUGCAAAGUUCCGUCUAUUCCACAUCGCAACUCUAGGUAACCCAGCCCGGUUGGUAGGUGACUAGAGAGCGGGGUUUUCAGAUAGACGUCGCGGCUCUCGACCGUUGUCGAGACAGUAGCUGUCCUCAAACGAGAACCUCUUCAGCCACGUAGAGAGCGGGGAAGAUGAGGCCGUUAUUACAGCCGGCAGCUUAGAAUGCUGGUCUAUGGCGAUUUCUGCGAUGGAAGAACAGCUUAGGUCGCUAAGCAUACAGGACGCCGAGAAGGAGCUUGAGCUCAUCCAGAAAGAAGAUGGAGCCGAAGGGGAUGAGCCAAUGGCCGACGGCAGUGCGAAGGACGAACUCCAAGUUGGAGAACUCUUUCGGUUCGAUGGAGUGGACCCCCCGUAA